AUGGCUCCGCCGAAAAGCCCCGAAAGACCAACUCCCCGUUCUUUGGUCGCAGUCGGGUUUCUUCUACUGUACCCCUUCGCUUCAGCCGCCACUACUACGGGCGCCCUUGCGAGGGUCAGUAUUUACUCCGAACUCGCCUACUCAACAGCGAGAGCUUGCGCCGCCGGCUGUCUCGUUUAUAAUGGCCAAUACCCCUGCGGCCUCGUCGGAUACCAGGACCUCGGCGUUGCUUUGCAGUGCGGUUGCGCGUCGAUCAACGGUUGUUACUGCAAUACAGCCUUGGCAAGCUCCGCAACUUCCUACAUCUCUUCCUGCGUCAGCAAAGGAUGUAGCAGGGUCGACAACUGGUCAGUGGACAUGAGCAGUAUGCUUAAUCUGUACGACUCAUAUUGCGCGACCGCGAAUGGCGGAGUGGCCGACGCACCUGCUACCACGACGGGCGCAGGCUCUUCACCCACGACAGCGGGCGGCGCGAAGGGGCAGAGCAACGGACAAGCGACGCGAACCCCUGCUCCUGGAUCGAGCGGUACGUCAUCUGCCGACGCCCAACAAUCUUCUGCCGCGCCAGAUAAUGGUGGCCUGAGUCGCUCGGACAUCGUUGCUCUUGCUGCAAGUUUGGGAGUCGGGAUCCCUAGCCUGCUCAUCGCUGGCUUGACCCUCUACUUCCAGAUGAAGAAGAAACGCAGAAAUGCCGCUGCCGGGGAGAACGAGGCUUCGUCGAUGCAGAGCAUGGUCCAUGUGGCUCCGCCUCCAAACCCAUAUGGUGUAUCGGUGUACGAAAGCAGUCCAUCACCUGCACCACAUGCAUGGCGAUAA